UUUUAAGAAAAAUACAGUUCCGCCCACGAAAGUUAAAUACAGUCUAGUAUUCGACUGGUUAACGUGAAAGGCCGACCAGGAAGAGACAUUAAGCAGAGCUGAAGAAUGAGCUACCCUGGAUACCCCCCUCAAGGUGGUGCAUACCCUCCACAGCCCGGGGCCUACCCCCCACAACCGGGUGCUUACCCACCUCAGCCUGGAGUUUACCCUCCCCAAGCAGGGGGUUACCCACCACAGCCAAACACCUACCCUCCUCAACCUGGUGCUUAUCUUCCACAGGGUGGUGGUUAUCCACCACAAGGUGGAGGAUACCCACCACAAGGUGGAGGAUACCCACCACAGGCUGGAGGCUACCCACCGGCACCACCUACAGGCAGUUGGGGAGGUGGUCCAGCAGGUGGAUAUCCAACUAUUGGUCUUGACAACUUAUCUAAUCCUGGAUACAAUGCUGGCAUGGCCAGCCAGAUUUCUGCGGGCAUGAAGAGUUUUACCCCAAACCUAUCUAUGUUCAUCCAAGCACCUGGGGGGUACCCACCAGUCCCCGAAGCUGGUGGGUAUGGUGCCUCCAGCCCUAACCAACAGUCAUAUGGCAUGUACCCACAGCCAGGAGGAACCAUGCCCCAACAUCAAGGGCCAGGGAUGGGCUACCCUGGUCAGCCUGGCCAACCAAUGGCUGGAUACCCUGGUGCACCUUCACCCAACCCGCCCAUGCCUGGCUAUGGAGGAGCACCAGCACCUAUGCCCGGGUACCCACAAGGCCCUUCACCAAAUCCAUCCAUGCCGUCCUACGGAGGAGGAGCCAUGCCAAUAGCUCCACCUGUAAAUAGAGGAUUCAGAGGAUCGAUCAAUGACUUUCCUGGCGCUGACCCACUCAGAGAUGCUGAGGUCCUGAGGAAGGCCAUGAAGGGCUUUGGAACUGAUGAACAAGCCAUUAUUGAGCUACUGGGAAGUCGUUCCAAUAAGCAACGUGUGCCUAUGCUCCGAGCCUACAAAACCUCCUAUGGAAAGGAUCUGAUUAAGGACCUGCAUUCAGAACUGUCUGGGGACUUCAGGAAGCUGGUCAUGGCCAUGUUGAAGACCCCUGCUGAAUUUGAUGCCGAUGAACUCAACAGUGCCAUUAAGGGAGCUGGAACUGAUGAAGCCUGUCUGAUAGAGAUCCUGUCCUCUCGAUCCAAUUAUGAAAUCAAGGAGAUAAAUCGAAUUUACAAACAAGAAUACAAGAAAUCACUGGAGGAUGCAAUUAGUGGGGACACCUCAGGCCAUUUCCGCAGACUCCUGAUAUCUCUUUCUCAGGGUAAUCGGGAUGAAUCAGAGAAUGUUGAUAUCUCCCUGGCUAAACAAGAUGCUCAGGCUCUGUAUGCUGCCGGAGAAAACAAACUGGGAACAGAUGAGUCUAAAUUUAAUGCUAUUUUGUGUGCCAGGAGCAAACCCCAUCUCAGAGCAGUGUUCCUGGAGUACCAGCAUAUGUGUGGCAGGGACAUUGAGAAGAGUAUUGUCAGGGAGAUGUCUGGAGACCUUGAGAGUGGCAUGUUGGCAGUGGGGUUAUGGUACAGUAAAACUAUUUCUAGACUUAUCAUUUACAUUUCUUUCUUUGGUAUUGUACACUCAUUUUUUACAUUGUCAUUCUCUGGUGUGGUACUGCAGUGUUCACUUUGUCGCUGUUGUGUUGCAUUUUUUAACUGAGUGGACAGUGUUGUGUUUUGUGACUUCUUAUGCAGAUUUUUCAAAAUAUGGAUUCCUUAAAAGCUGCCUUUAUCAAUAUUUGACCACUAGGGGGCCGACAUUCAGAGUGAGUCUUAACAUUAGGGUAUCAUGCCUGCAGAGCAGCCUGUUUCUGAGCAAGGGAAACAACUGAAGUUCAUCAUUCAGUCAGCCUUUAGCUCUGUUUAACCACCAUCUGUCCUUGAGAAGGGCCACUUAUUUUUUACAUGCUCUAUGUUCAUUUUUUUUUUUUUAUCACAGAUUUUUUUGCCUGCUAUUUUAUGUUGCUUACAGUGGGUUUGGGAGAGCCUACAAGCUAUGGAAUUGUCACAUUAAUCAGAUGGUGGGUGCUCAUUCAGAUAGUCAAAGUUCUAGACUCAGCUGAGCUACAAGAUUAGUCGAUACAUAUCACAGUAUGCAAAUAUUGAUGCAGUUUCACAUUAGCUUAUUUGCCAUCCUCCACUGUAUUUCUUUGAAUUUAUUUUUCACUUGCUGGGUGCUGUGCUGGGUAUCACCACUAAUUUCCUGAAUCAAUUUGAUUUGGUUCACAACAGCCUGAUUAAAUUAAAUUUUGAUUUAAUCUAAUUUGAUAUUGAUUCAUUUACAGAUAUUUAUGUAACAACACAAACUUUUCUGGAAUAUUAAACACUGAGCCUGUUUACAUGAUCGUCAAAAUCAGAUAUCUGGGAGUAAUCAGAUUAUUGUAAUAUUCUGAUAUGACACAUUUAAAUGCACUUCUGAAAUAUGAUAUUUGAAAAAUGGUUAUCUACAUUUACAAGUCCGUUAUCAAAUUUAUUUUGGACUACAUACGUGUGUGAUGUAUUUUUUAAAUGUAUGUUUGUUAAACAUGGCAGAGCCAACGGUCUUAGCGUUAGCUGCUCAUGUCAGAGGCAGAAAGCUGCUCAGUAGUUUACAGGUAAAUAUGAUCAAAUGAUGAAUGGAAAAAACAUCUGAAUUUGGUGUUAUCUCGUCAAGAAAAGUAGAUUUGUGAUGGAAAUGAUGCAAGCAACCUAAGAUCUUACAGAGCAUUGGUAAGUCACGCAAGAGUAGGGUCACUGUUGUCACUGAGAACAGGAAACAUAUAAAAAUAAUUGCUCCACAAGUUUUUAUGAAUCGAUAUAGAAAUAAUUAGAUUUGAAUCAAUUCAAAUUGACUAAGUGUUUUUUUUUGUUUUUUAUAAACCCAGCUCUACUUUCUAGGUUGUUUACUGUAUGCUCCUCAUCUUUUUUUUUUUUUUUUUUUUUUAAGAUAUUAUGCUAUGCAUCUAAUUAUGA